AUGGAACAAGAACAACGAUUGAGAAAGCGAGGUGUUGUGAAUGAGGAUAGGUUGAAUCAGUUGCCCGAAGCUUUGAUUCUGAAGAUUCUGUGUUUUCUUCCUACAAAAACUGUCGUAACCACGAGUGUUCUGUCUAAACAAUGGCGGUCUCUUUGGAAAUUGGUGCCAAAUCUCGAGUUCAAUUCUGAGGAUUGCGAAAGUGAAGACCACUCGUUUUCAGAGAUUGUUUCCAAGUCUUUCCUUUCACACAAAGCUCCGGUUCUAGAGAGUUUCCGUCUCCUGUUUGGAUCAGAAGAUGUCAGUUUCGUAGAUGUUGGACUUUGGGUUGGCAUUGCGUUUUCUCGACAUUUGCGUGAAUUGGUCCUCGAUUUUUAUCCUACUGGGAAAGAGACAUUCACAUUUCCGAUUAGCUUGUGUACUUGUAACACACUCGAGAGUUUGAAACUCGUGUUUGGUUUUACUGUAGAUAUACCUUCUCCGGUUCUUAUGAAGUCUCUUAAAACCCUGCACCUUGAGUUUGUUAGCUACAAAGAAGAUGCAUCUGUCUGUAACCUUUUGUCUAGCUGCCCUAGCCUUGAACAACUGAUAGUGUAUCGAGGUGAAGAUUGUGAUGUUGAGGUUUUCACUGUUGAGGUCCCUUCUUUGCAGAGAUUAAAGAUUCAUGAUACCAAUGAUGGAGCUGAGUUUUGGGGGUAUGUGAUAAACGCUCCUUGUUUGAAAUACUUACUAAUUGAAGACUUGAGAUGUCCAGGGUUUUCUCUGAAUGCGCCUGAGCUGUUGGAAGCAAGUAUCGUUGAAGCUAUAUCUAUAACCAAUAAGAAGCUUCUUGGAUCUCCCACUUCUGUCAAACGUCUUCUAUUGCAUUUAUCACCCUUGAGGAUUGCAUAUCCUACUGGAACUAUCUUCUAUCAGCUGGUGUCUCUAGAGAUGUAUACACGUAUUGAGGAGUGGUGGAAUCUACUCACGCUCGUGCUCGAAAAUUCUCCUAAACUACAAGUCCUCAAGAUCACUGAUAAAUAUCAUCAUGUUGGUGGAAACAGUUUGGUCGGCGGCAAAUGGAAUGAGCCAAAGUAUGUCCCUGGAUGUUUGUUGUCACAUUUAGAGACCUUUGGGUGGAAAAGAUUCGAUUGGGGAAGAGAGGAAGAGAAAGAAAUAGCUACGUACAUUCUAAAGAAUGCAAGACGACUGAAGAAGGCAAAUUUCUCAACAAUUCCCAUUGAAUCGAAAGAGCUCAACAAGUUGAGAGAGAGACGUAAGGUGCUCAACGAAUUGGAUGGUGUGGUCAGGGCUUCAAAUUCAUGCCACCUUGUGUUCAAAAUCGAUGCAUCUUAUUGUAGAUCAGACUCUUCUUAGCACAUAGAGCCUUUCGAUUUAGAUCGGUUUUGGGUCUUGGGUUGGGUAUGGUGCUAGUCAUUUGG